AUGUACUUCAGCAAGAGCAUUCUCGCCGCGGCGGUCCUGGUGGCUUCUGGUGUCAAUGCCGUUUACGUCUACACCACCGUCUACGUGACGAGCACGCGAACGAUCGAUGUGCAGUCCGUUACCACCACUCCGGUGACGUCCACUCGUACCUCCACGAUUACGGCGUCCGCGACCUCCACCGAUGUGUUAACUUCGACUUCGGUGUCGACCAUCACUUCCACCAUCCACCACUGA